AUGCAUUCGAAAGCAUCCUCUGUUUACAUCGAGGCGUGCAAACGCGACCACGCAGAGUGUGCAUUGGAGUUUGUGUACGCCUUGGAUAACAAUGAGUCAGAGGUGUGUCUUUCCAACCGAACCGUGCACCUUAAUGAUAUCGAUGUGAAAUGUAUUGCCGAAACACUGCAGACCACUCGACACACCGUCCGCGCCCUGAUCAUGGAGGGAAACGCCUUCGGGUUGAAUGGACUUCAGGCAUUGCUUGAGGCAAUAGAGGUGAACCCUGGAAUUGUGCGCGAGCUGAGGCUCGGGCGGAACAAGUUGAAGGACCAAGCAGCUGUUGUUAUUGGGCAUGUACUCUCUCGAAGUGGUUGUGGACUACGAGUACUUGACUUGUCUGAGAACGAAAUCACUAAACUGGGUGUUAUACCUAUAGCAGCCGCUCUAAGCAAUGGCUUAUGUGAUAUUGUAGAACUUUCCUUCCACAAUAAUAAGAUCGAAGCUGAUGCCGCGACGUACCUUGGACAGGCUAUCCGUCAGGCUGGGAAACUGAAACACCUUCAUCUUGGUUACAACACCAUACGCGACGAGGGUGCUGUACAGCUUGCCAAGUGCAUUCCGGUUACCGUCAGUUUAUCAACCCUGGAUCUUACCGCAAACCGUAUUGGCGCAAGCGGUGGCAGGGAACUGGCCAGAGCUUUGAUGACAACCACAUGCAAUAUACAGCGGUUGAACCUUCGCCACAAUUUAUUUGAUAGCGAAACAAUCGAGAUGUACGGUGAGGUGAUUGCAAGGAAUACUUCCCUCAUUCAACUCUUCUUGGGUUUUAUGAACCCUGCCCCAGAGUCAGCCGCGGUGGUGCUUUCCUCGCUCAGGAAGAACCGCACGAUGCUGCUGUUGGAUAUAUACGGCUGGAAGCUUCCACCUGAUGAGGCGUGGACCAUCAUUAACAGUAUACAGAAAUCCAACACUAUCCUUAUGGCCCUAGUGACUGAUGCCUGUCAGAGUAUAGCAAAACAGAUAGACCAAGGAAAUGAGGAGAGAGACUAUCAAGGCCAAUAUCCUAUAUAUGUCGGCCCAGACGACCGCGACGCAUACAUGGCCACAAAGAGUCUACGUCGUGCCUCCCGCGCGCAAUCGAGACGCCAAUCACGGAGCAAUUCCCGCAUAGCGAGUUCACGAAAUGCGACUCCCUCUGCUCUCACCACUCCCGUCAACCGAAGGCAGCACGAGCGUACCUCUUCUCGGAAGAACUCUGAGAACCAGUCACGGCAAUCAGCAAGUAAUUCUCAAAUCGGUCGAGAACCUAACUCUCAGAGAGACCAAAGCUAUGUGGUCCCUCCCCAUACGACGUCCACCGACAGGUCCCAGGAGAAGCAUCGCGACAUUCAAAGACGCUCGAGUAGAGGACUGGAUCCCAGUGCCUCAUACGAUGCGCGAGUUAAUCAGGGGACCAACGAUGCUUCCCCAAUGUCCGUAUUUGAACUCGCACAAUCAAAUAAGGCCCUUGAGAGCCUUGUUGAUGAGCUGCGACGGGAAAUUGCGAGGCAAAAGGAGAACUAUCGUGCCCUGGAAGCCCGCGUGACCGCAUUGGAGAUGCAGGGUCGGUGCCCCACCGUGCCUCAGCACCGUACCUCAGGGGUCCCCUCUCGGGAGGAAACCGUUGAUCUCCGUCGAUUGGGGAGGCCGCCGAGCACCACGAACGAUGAUGCCUCACACCCAGCGAAGUCAAUUAUGAGUACUCCCUGCAACAGUGAGCGGGCGUAUGAUUUGCCUUCCCCUGGCGACCUUCGGCGAACAAACACGCAGUCGGAUUUUGCACCCCCCAACCGAUCAGCCUCUGCGGUGGAGUUAUAUUCCUUGAGGAGGAGGCGAAGCAAUGCGCUAAUAACUACCGGCCACGACCUUAACCAAAGUCGAACGAGCGAGGUGGAAUCUCGCGGGGCGCCUGCCGAGUACCCACAGUUGAAUUCACUUCGUGGUGAUCCGUCAUUCCCCCCAGCUGAACCGGUACAACUUCCAAUGGAAAACAAACCACUCGAAGUGGUGCUGCAAACAUCCGCGAAACCACGCGAAGAGACUACAGUCUACUUGGGGCCCGGACCGUGCAAAGAUAAGGACCCACCGCGCCGUAAAGGUUCCGUCCAAUCCAUAUAUUGA